CGCAGUCUCGGUCCAUAUAAAAGCCUACCGCCUCCUACUUUCACGUUCUUCCUUCUUCGGACUUCGAUGCAGAGAGAGAGAGAGAGAGCGCUAAUCCACAAUGUCGAAACGAGGGCGGGGAGGUUCCGCCGGGAACAAGUUUAGGAUGUCUCUAGGUCUACCAGUGGCGGCGACGGUGAACUGCGCCGAUAACACUGGAGCGAAGAACCUAUACAUCAUAUCGGUGAAGGGAAUCAAGGGCAGACUCAACAGGUUGCCAUCGGCUUGCGUUGGAGACAUGGUGAUGGCUACAGUCAAGAAAGGGAAGCCCGAUCUCAGGAAGAAGGUCAUGCCUGCUGUUAUUGUUCGUCAGCGCAAGCCCUGGCGCCGUAAGGACGGUGUCUUCAUGUACUUCGAAGAUAAUGCUGGUGUCAUAGUGAAUCCCAAGGGAGAAAUGAAAGGAUCUGCAAUUACCGGCCCUAUUGGAAAAGAGUGUGCUGAUCUGUGGCCAAGGAUUGCUAGUGCUGCCAAUGCUAUUGUUUAGGACUAAGAAUUCAAAGUUGUUGGAAUCCUUCGAACUUUUCGGGGUAGAUUGUUUGUUUUAUAGAUAUGUGGUAAUGGUAUUUGGACUUCCGAGUGGAAUUGUGGGUGGGUCGUGGAGAAUAUAAACAUCAGGUUGAAGUGUUGCUUAGUCCUUUUCCUUUGUGAUAUACGGGUAGAAUUUGGUUGGGAGAUGCAUGCGUACAAUUCACAUAACUGCUUGCUUGAAUGUGGUAUGUUCCAAUAAUGCCUAUGCAAAUGACUAGUUCAAAUAAAUCUCGAUAACUUGAUGCUGGAAGAUAAAUAUAAAUUAAUAAUUAUUUUUCAUGACAUCUAAA